AUGACCCUUGAUCGUGCAUUGGACUUCUACAACAAUUAUGCUCGAUAUGUUGGGUUUGACACCCGUAAGAAGGGAUCAAAAAAGGAAAAAGAUGUCAUUACUUGGAUUUAUGUGGUGUGUAGCCGAGAAGGUACAAAGCAAAGAAAAAAUGAACAACAUGAGGUGAAACGCAAGUGUUCUUCUAUUAAGUGCUUUUGUAAUGCUAAAGUGUCUUGGAAGUUUUUUAUGGGUGUUGGUUAUGUUAUACAAAGUUUUGUUGAAGAACAUAAUCACGAGAUGGUUGAGGAACGCCAUAAGCGUUUUAUGAAGUUGAACCGCAAUUUGGAUUUAGUCCAUCAGAAAUUCAUACUUGAUUGCGCUAAUGCAAAUAUCGGUCCAACUUUAAGUUUUAGCUUACUCAAGGAAGUACUUGGUGGAUUAGAUUAUGUAGGGUGUACUGUUUUAGAAGUGCGCAACUACAGACGCGACCUUAGAGCAUACGUGGAAGGAGCUGAUGCACAAAUGCUAUUAAAUGAGAUGCGCAGGAAGAAGGAACUUUGUGGAGCAUUUACCUAUGAAUUUGAGGUCAACUCAAAGGAUAGACUGACACGUUUGUUUUGGUGUGAUCCAACUGCCAAGAGAAAUUAUCAUUUGUAUGGUGAUAUUGUUUCUUUUGAUACGACAUACUCAACAAAUAGGUACUGCAUGAUAUUUGCUCCUUUUACGGGCAAGGAUAAUCAUGGUCGCCCUGUGACAUUUGCUGCUGGCCUUUUGUCCAAGGAAAAUGCCGACUCCUUUUCAUGGUUAUUUAAACAAUUUGUGAAAUGUAUGGGUGUGGCUCCGAAGCUAAUCGUAACCGACCAAGACUUAGGAAUGAAAGUUGCUAUUGCAGAGGUUCUUCUUAGUACGAGACACAGGUGGUGCAUGUGGCAUAUAAUGAAUAAAGUUGCUGACAAAUUGCCAAAGAACAUGCUUGGUAGUGAAGAACUAAAGAAGGAAUUGAAUGCAUGUGUUUGGUCGGAGUUGAUAGAGCCGAUGCAUUUGAAGAAUCUUGGCAUGCUAUAA